GUCACCCUCGGCGCGCUCUCAAAUUCAGUACUUGCGCAGGUCUUCAACCCCACGCUUCACUCUGAAAUUCUUUGUACACUGAGUAACUGUAAACAGGAAUCAUUCCUCAAUUUAUCUCUACACACUCACAUUCACACAAACAAAAACAUGCAAAAAUGAUGGACUACCUCAUCUACUUUGGCAUAUUCUUAACCAUAUACACCAUCGUGCUGUAUUUCGGUAUGAAUUACACGAAUAUGCUUUUUUGGAAAGCGACCUGGGUGCCAUGCGAUGUUCCGGAUUUCAUAAUUGGUGAUCUGGAAGGGUUAUCCCGAUCCCGCAAGCUUGCAUCGGCUUUACGCGAAACAUAUAAAAAGUACAAAAGUAAGAUGGGCAGCUUUUGUGGUUUCUUUAUGUCUGCGCGACCUGUGGCGCUCGUCACAGAUCUGGACUUAGCAUACAAUAUACUUGUACGUGACGCAGAUAAGUUCGACGAUCGCGGUUCAUAUCAUAACAAAAAUGACGAUGCCUUUGCUGAAAAUCUAUGGAACUUAGAAGCGGCGGAGUGGAGCGUGUUGCGCAGAAAGCUAGCGCCCCUCUUCACGAGUGAAAAAUUGAAAACGAUAUUUCCGCUAAUCGUGAAAAUAGGUGACGAGCUAAAGAAGCAAUUUGCUGCAGCCGAUGAAAAUGAAAUUAUAAUAGAGAUACACGAUCUUUGUCAACGUUACAUCACCGACGUCAUUGCCAAUUGCAUAUUGGGUUUGCAGGUCAACAGUCUACAGGACCCAAGUUCGGAGUUUCGUCUAUUUACCAAGAAAUAUGCCAUGAAAUCUUGCAGCACUUGGACAUACACGUUGAUGCAGUGGAAGCCAGAGUUGGCAAGACGUUGGCAUUUAACACAGACUUUCGAUAAAGUGCGUGAUUUCUAUUACCGUGUCAUUGGUGGCACUAUAGUGGAGCGUGAGAAGAAGAAAUAUAAGCGGAAUGACUUGAUGACCAGACUCAUAGAAUUAAAGAACGCGAAAGUAAAGGCGAAUCGGUUAAGUCUUGACGAGAUCAUAGUGAACUCGGCAUUAUUCUUCGAGGCUGGUUAUGAGCCCUCCGCAAGUAUUUUGACAUAUGCAUUCUUCGAGUUGGGAUUGGAACAGUUGGUGCAGAACAAAUUAAGACGGGAGAUAACAGACGUGCUGAAAAGGCACAAUGGUAAACUCACCUAUGAAGCCAUGGAGGAAAUGAAGUAUCUGGAUAUGGUGAUUUUAGAAACUCUACGAAAGUACUGCAUAUACCCCUAUAUCGAGCGCGUAGCCAAUGAUGAUUACAUAACCAACGUAGAAGACUUUAUAAUAUUUAAGGACACAAAGGUGGUCAUACCCAUUGAGGCAAUACAUCAUGAUUCUGAUUACAAUGAAAGACCGACGGCUUUCAUACCAACACGUUUCGAAACGGAGAAAUUGCAAAGUCGCCAUCCUUGCGCCUGUCUGCCUUUCGGUGCCGGACCACGCAACUGUAUUGGCAUGCGUUUCGCGAAAUUGAUGAUAGGCGUUGCGCUCAUAGCGCUGCUAAGCGAAUAUAAAUUUGACCUAUCUUCCAAGUGUACGCUGGUAAUGGAAUCUCCAAAAGACCGGGUGCUAUUGAGACCGGAAAAAGAGGUGAAGAUGUGUGUUCAGAAGUUACAAACUUAAAAGCCCGUAGGUUUGAGCGAAAGCUUCGGAAGGUGGGUGCAAGUCUCAGUUCCAAUUCGCUUUAAUAUUUGCAAACUGAUAAUGUCGACUACUUGGGUUGUUUCAAUGUAUGGGUCAAAGCUCAAUUUUUUUUUUUUUUUUUUUUUUCAAAAUAUAAUAUGUAAUUUUAUUUCUUUGUAUGCGUGUAUGUAUGGGUAAAGCGUCGGUUUUCUAAAUAUGUAAAGCAAACAAUUUUCUUAAUGUAAUUUAAAUAUUAUGUUAUUUCAAAUUGUAUUUGUUAAAAUUCAAAAUUGUACAUAAAUUUUAAAUAUUUUUUUGAAAGAUUCCAUUCAUUAUAAAAGUAUUUACAAAUAAGCAUGUACAAAUCUUAAAGUGUGUCUUUUGUGAAAUAUAUAUGUGUACAAAUUUUUUAU